GACCGAAAGAUAAAAAACAAAACGGAAAAGGGGCAGCGUCGUUUCUCUUUCUCCACCCGCAAGCGAGCGAGACUCCCACGCAGUCCCCGCGUCGUCUCGUCUCGCGAUGGCCGCCGCCGACUACGACCGCGCGUACCGCCCCUACGCGGCCCCCGCCAGCGACUACGACCGCCAGGUCGUGCCCUACGGCGACCGCCGCAUCGACGUCUUCGUCAAGCCCGCCGCCAGGUCGCCACCGCCGCCGCUGCCGGCGUCCACCAACAGCGGCGGCGGGGGCGGGGGCGGAGGGAUGGGGUCGGCGUGGUGCUUCAGCGACCCGGAGGUGAAGAGGAGGCGGCGGGUGGCGAGCUACAAGGCCUACUCGGUGGAGGGCAAGAUCAAGUCCUCCUUCCGCAGGGGGUUCCGCUGGAUCAAGGCCAAGUGCUCUGAACUCAUCCAUGGAUGACUGAACCCGGGAUCUUGGUGGAAUUGUAUUGGGAUGGAAGAUGCUGGAGCAGUGUGCGAGGAAUGGGUGUUGGGUGUAUUUUGCUAAGGAAAUUUGCUCCCAAAAUAUGGAAGAUAUUUGUUCAUGAGAUUGUGUUUAUGGCCCCCUGGUUAUAGGAAAGAAUUGAAAGCAGCUCUCCUGAGGUUGCUUUUUACUGCCUGCUAAUUAGCCUAAUUUGUUCAAGAACAUUUGAAGAAGGAUUGAAUGAAUCUUGAAAAAGGAAAUGCUUUGUAUGAUA